UGAGAUAUUUGCAGUUAUUAUUGUUUAUUUUUUUAUUUCGUUGGAUUCUCGUCUCGAUACUCAUUCGGAGUUGUUUUUACGUUUUCUUUCCAUAUUUCAAGAUUAUCUCUUGUCGAAUCCAAGAUAGUCAGAAAAAAUCUUCGAUUUAAGUAUUUGUGGAUUGUAAAAGAUACUGAUAAAUUCACUGAAAGGGGUGAUUGUGUGUGUGACUAUUGGAUCGAACGAUUUUAAUCCAAAAGAGAGCAAUGAGAGAUUUAAAGUUGACAUGAGAAAGAACGAGAUAGAAGACGGCCAUUGGACUUUAGGACUGUGGCUUAGAAAUUGUGUAGAGAAUCGUUUGAGUAUUCCAAAAAAUCAUACGAUCAAAAUUUCUUUCACGCAUCCCACAAAAGGAACACUGUUCAGUCUAGCUAAAACAACGGUUGAUUUUAAUUGGUUCCAAUGUCUUUCUUCUCGCUUGACUCAAAAAGAUUUGAAAAGUUUACAUUUAAUGGAAAGUUCAUGAUUUUAUGUAAAGUAGGAGAAUAUGAAAAGCAUAAGAGCACACUUGGUGAAAAGAACAAAUCAAUAAUAUAUGACGCCUAUUUGAAUAAUGAUACUUUCAGCGACGUGCAAAUAUUAAUUGGAAAAGAGAAAUUCGUUGGGCAUAAAUUGGCUUUAUCAGCCCACAGUCCAGUAUUUCAAAGAAUGUUCUGCCAUGAAAUGAAGGAAUCGAUUUCCAAUAAGGUAGAAAUCGAGGAAAUGGAUCCAAAGGUAUUUACAGAAGUACUUCGAUUUAUGUACGCGGGAAAAGUGGAAAACCUGAAUGAUACUGCUGAAGAAAUUUUGAUUGCUGACGACAGAUACGAAAUUAAUGAACUCAAAUUGAUCUGCGAAAAAAGUCUCAUCUCAAAGAUAAAACUUGAGAAUAUCCUUGAGCUUCUGAGUUUUGCAGAAAAACACAAUGCAGAUUAUAUAAAAAAAUAUUGUUUUGAAAAUUUUGUUGUGAAGGAUCUAGAGACGUUUGUCAAAUUGGAGGGUUAUCGGGAUUUCCUAAAAUCACAUACGACUCUGUUAGCAGGAUGGUUUACUGAAAUAUGAUUGAAGGGAAAAUGUAAACAGCUUAAAACAAUUAGAACAACAUAGAACAAUUUUUAUGUAAGUAUGGUGUCGAGUUAAU